CCUGCCUCUCCGCCUCAGCCAACCCGGGCUGUGCCGAGCUGCUCCCUGCGGGAUCAGAGCGCUCCCCCGCCGGGACCCUUCUCUCACAUCCCCCUGCUGGGACGCGGCUACAUUUCCAGCCAAGCACUGCCUGCCUUGGCUUUAUUAUGUGUGUCUGCGCCGCAGCCCCGCCAGCAGAGGCAGGCAGAGGAGGAGGAGGAGGAGGAGGAGGAGGAAGACUGGUAGCCAGAGUCAGGACAAAGAAAAAGCAGGGAGACAGAGGCUAGUGGAGGGUUAGGCUGGAGCAGACACUCACACCGGAGGCAGGACUGGGGGGGUCACAAAAAAAAAAAAAAAAAAACUGAACGUGGGGGUAGUUUAAAGCAGCAUUCCCAUCGAGGGGGCGGACACGCGGGGGAAGCGCGCAACGUCCACGCCACCAGAGCAAACACCGACAUGCUCAGAGUAGAAUAGCGGGUCGGAACGCGGCAGUGGAGGGUUCGAUCCCCGGACGACAGGAGGUGGCGGAGGAGAGGCAAAGAAAUACAGUCUCUGUAAACUGAAGGACGCGCGAGGAGAGACGCCACGCGCCCUUCCAAACCAUUUAACCCCCACGAACACGUCAGCGCGCGCGCGCGGACGCUGCGCUGUCACCUUUCCAGAAAUAGAGCGCGAGGUCCAGCCGAGCUCAGGUGCUUGCCACGCGCGUGGGUGGAAGGAAAAGAAGAAGAAGCGGGAGCCGCGCGACUCGAGGAGCAGCAGAUAAGCGACGGGAGCUGAAGGAGGCUCCGCGGAGCGAAACUUCUCCCGGUUUGUUCUACAGGUUGUGCCGUCGAGGAGCGCCUCAUUCCCGGCGUCCGCGGGAUCCGUCCGCCGCCCGGAGGCUGACGGUGCCGCAUUGCAACAGGCGGAGGAGCAGAAGGAGGAGACGCAGGAGGAGGAACGCUAAUCCGCCCGCUUGGUUAUCUGAGAACACGGAACAGAAACAAUUACCAGAAUUAAGAGAGAAAGUAGUGCGGGAGCGGCGAUGUCCAGAAGAAAGCAGGCCAAACCGCGCUCCGUUAAAGCGGUUGAAGAAGGAGAGUCCUCGGAAGGUGGAGGGACCUGGGACGAGUCGGUUGUCCAGACAGAAGUUCCUGGAAGAGAGGGGGAACCCAAAGACGGUCCGCCGACGGCCGCCGAAGACGGGGAUCAGGAGGAGCACGACGAGCGCGAGCCCGACGAAGAUCUGGACGACGAGUCCAUCUUCACCUGCGACAACUGUCAACAGGACUUCGACUGUCUGGCCGAGCUCACCGAGCACAGGACCAACCACUGCCCGGCGGAUGGGGACGAUGACCCCACGGGCCUGUCCUGGGUGCCCUCCUCACCCUCCAGUAAAGACGUGGCGUCACCCUCACAGAUGCCAGACGGCUGCUGUGACCUUGGCACAGCCACUGGCGGCGAGGAGGAAGGAGGCGCCGGUCUGCCGUACCCCUGCCAGUUCUGUGACAAGUCCUUCAGCCGCCUGAGUUACCUGAAGCGACACGAGCAGAUCCACAGCGACAAGCUGCCUUUCAAGUGUACCUUCUGCAGCCGCCUCUUUAAACACAAGAGGAGCCGAGACCGGCACGUGAAGCUUCACACAGGAGAUAAGAAAUACAGUUGCCAGGAGUGUGAAGCUGCUUUUUCUCGCUCCGAUCACCUAAAGAUUCAUCUUAAGACCCAUAGCUCCAGCAAACCGUUUAAGUGCACCGUGUGCAAACGUGGCUUCUCCUCAACCUCAUCCCUGCAGAGCCACAUGCAGGCUCACAGUAAAAACAGAGAGCACCUAGCGCUGAGGAGCGAGAGGGAAGGAGGGAAGAAAGGAGGGGAGGCUGACCUGGACCAGGACCUCUACAUGUGCGAUUACUGCGAGGAGACGUUCAGCCAGACGGACGAGUUAGAAAAACACGUCUUAACCAGGCACCCGCAGCUGUCUGACCGCGCCGACCUGCAAUGCAUCCACUGUCCGGAGAUCUUCCUGGACGAGGCCUCGCUGCUCACGCACAUCGAAACGCAGCACGCCAACCGCAAACACAAAUGCCCCGUCUGCUCAGAACAGUUCCCCUCUGUGGAGGACGUCUACUGCCACCUAGACAGUCACCGUCAGCCCGAUUCCUCCAUCCACAGCGCUGCCAGUCCUGACCCGGCUCUUGGCAGCGUGGCUUCCAUGAGCUCAGCCACUCCGGACUCCAGCGCCAGUCUGGAAAGAGGCUCCACGCCGGACUCUACCUUAAAACACAGCCAGGGUAGUGAACGCGGUCGCAGAAGAGGCACCGACAGCGUGGAGGACAUGGGGAUAAGCCUGGGCCAUCAAGGUAGAGCAGGAAGUUGGGGCAAAGUGACGUACUCUUGCCCCUAUUGCUCAAAGAGAGACUUCCACAGUCUCGCUGUGCUGGAGAUUCACUUGAAGACCAUCCAUGCUGAUAAGCCACAGCAGAGCCACACGUGUCAGCUCUGCCUGGAAACUCUGCCCACACUCUACAACCUCAACGAGCACGUGCGCAAAGCCCACCGCGCCAGCGGAGGGAGCGCAGGCGCCGCGGCGGCAGCUUUCCCCCUGAUGCAGUUUAGCAACGUCACAGCUUUCCACUGCAACUACUGCCCAGACAUGUUCGGGGACAUCAACUCUCUGCAAGAGCACAUCAGGGUGUCCCACUGCCUAACGGGUGGGAUUAUGGCAGGAUCCACCACUCUAGAAGGGAACCAUGCCUUCUUCUGCAACCAGUGCUCAAUGGGUUUUCUGACCGAGUCUUCAUUGACGGAGCACAUUCAGCAGACGCAUUGCACCUCUGCCACCGGGGGCAGCACUGCAUCCGGAGGGGGGGUGGCCAAACUGGAGUCCCCAGUCCUUCAGGCUGCAUCACAGUCUUUCAUGGAGGUUUACUCCUGCCCUUACUGCACCAACUCCCCAAUCUUUGGAUCGCUCCUCAAACUGACCAAGCACAUCAAGGAGAACCACAAAAACAUCCCAUUAGCUAACAACAAGCGCCAAGCCAAGGUGGCUGACCUCAGCCCCGCCUCCUCAGACGUGGAGAUAUCCUCUCCCAAGCGCCACAGACUGGGGGGAGGAGACUCCACUCCAUCCAUGGGGAGCAACGGAGAUUAUCCGUGCAACCAGUGUGACCUGCGAUUUGGCAGUUUUGAGACGUUUCAGGCGCACCUGAAGUCACACCUGGAGAUGCUGUUGAGGCGCCAGUCCUGCCCCCAGUGCAGCAAAGAAGACUUUGAAUCCCAGGAUGCUUUGCUGCAACACCUGACGGUGCAUUACACCACGACAUCAACGCAGUAUGUCUGUGAGAGCUGCGACAAGCAGUUCUCCUCUGUGGAUGACCUACAGAAACACCUGCUGGACAUGCACACGUUUGUCCUGUACCACUGCACUCUCUGUCAGGAGGUCUUUGACUCCAAGGUUUCCAUACAGGUGCAUUUAGCAGUGAAACACAGCAACGAGAAGAAGCUGUUUCGCUGCACCGCCUGCGCCUGGGACUUCAGGAAGGAAGCAGACCUCCAGCUUCACGUUAAGCAUAAUCACCUGGGUCAAAGGUCAGGCUUUCCAGGAGGCCUCGCAGGAUUGAAGCCCAGGAAGUGCAUCUUCUGUGGGGAGACGUUUGGGACAGAAGUGGAGCUCCAGUGUCACAUCACCACACACAGCAAGAAGUUUACAUGCCGCUUCUGCGGAAAGGCUUUCCACGCCAUCUCUUUGCUAGAGAGACACCUGAGAGAAAAGCACUGCAUCUUUGAUGGGGGAAUCACCGGCAACGGAGGAGGUACGGGCAGCAGUGGGAGCCAGAACGGAACCCCCAAUGGGUUGACUCAAGCCUCCAAGCAAGGAGGGGGGAGCGGGAACAGCCGUGCAGGAGGUGUGGAAAGAGCGAAGGUCGCGGCGGCCGAACAAGCCGACUUGCAAAACAUCCUGAAGGGUGGAAUUGUUGGUGGAGGGUCAGUCCAAGGAGGAGACACAGCCAACAGCCAUGAGGCGAGCGGCGGCGAGGAGGAGCUGGACAACUCCGAGCCCAUGUAUGCAUGUGACAUCUGUGGAGCAGCUUACACCAUGGAGUCCCUGCUGCAGAACCACCGGCUGCGCGACCACAACAUUCGACCAGGAGAGGACGAUGCGGGUUCUCGGAAGAAAAAGGCAGAUUUCAUCAAAGGGAACCACAAGUGCAACGUUUGCUCGAGGACUUUCUUCUCAGAGAAUGGACUUCGUGAGCACGCUCAGACGCAUCGCGGGCCUGCCAAACACUACAUGUGUCCAAUAUGUGGCGAGCGUUUCCCCUCUCUCCUAACGCUCACCGAACACAAGGUGACCCACAGUAAAAGCCUGGACACAGGGACCUGUCGCAUCUGUAAGAUGCCCCUGCAGAGUGAGGAGGAGUUCAUCGAGCAUUGCCAAAUGCACCCCGACCUCCGCAACUCGCUGACCGGCUUCCGCUGCGUCGUCUGCAUGCAAACGGUCACCUCCACCCUGGAGCUGAAGAUCCACGGCACCUUCCACAUGCAGAAGCUCUCCACCGGCUCUGCUCUAGGAGCAGGAGGUGUGGGCGGAGGGAACGGCUCGGCCUCGUCGUCCCCUAACGGGCAGCUGCAGCAGCAUAAGUUGUACAAAUGCGCCUUUUGCCUCAAAGAGUUCAAAAAUAAAGGAGAGCUGGUGAAGCUGGACGUCAACGGCCUGCCGUACGGCCUCUGUGCUACGUGCAUGAGCAGGGGAACAAACGGCCAGAGCCCCAGCCAGGGAGGAGCGGUCACGCCCGGAGACAUGCAGGCGGAGAAGGUUGCUUCCGGGCUGCGGUGUCCCGAGUGUGGCGUGAAGUUUGAAACCCCAGAGGAUCUGGAGAGCCACGUGCAGACAGACCACCCUGAGGUCAGCCCGGAAACCAGCACUGUUGCAAAGAAGGCCGAGGCGUCACCGGUACCCAAGAAAAAGACCUACCAGUGUAUUAAAUGCCAAAUGACGUUCGAGACUGAAAGAGAGAUCCAGAUUCACGUGGCCAACCACAUGAUCGGUGCGGUGUCGCCUGCAGUGGUUCAAAACACACAUCUGGAGCGGAGGGAUCACACCACACCCAGAUGUGCUCUUGUGAGACACAAACAAAAAGAGGGCAUCAAUCACGAGUGCAAGCUGUGCAACCAGAUGUUUGACUCACCUGCCAAGCUGCUCUGCCACCUGAUCGAGCACAGCUUCGAGGGGAUGGGGGGUACCUUUAAGUGUCCCGUCUGCUUCACAGUGUUUGUUCAAGCCAACAAACUGCAGCAGCACAUUUUUGCUGUUCACGGUCAGGAGGACAAGAUCUACGACUGCUCCCAGUGUCCGCAGAAGUUCUUCUUUCAGACAGAGCUACAGAACCACACACUGAGUCAGCACGCGCAGUGAGACCGAGGCCCGGCAGGAUCUCUCAGCUCAGCCGCGCCCCCGACCCGGAGCCUGCAGGGGACCCCCAUCCCCACAUCACAGCCAAUCAAAGUGUCAUUUGCUACUCACAUGUAAAAGUGUAACGAUCGCGCCGCUGGGCGCGGCUAUUAGGAGCAGCGGGGGAAACGAAUAUUAAUGGGAAAUGCUAUUAAAUAAAGAAAGAGGGUGAGGAAAGCUGCAGAUGAAGCAAACACAGGAAGGAAUUGUACGUGCAGUAUUUUUUAUUGUCCCUGCCAAACCGCCCCCCCCUCCCAGCAGUUACUCCCCAGGUCAUGUAUUUUAUUUUUUAACAAAUAGGGAUUUUCUUUUUCCUUUUUUUGAAAUCGUUGUUCUGAAGUUUGGCGUCCUCUCGGUUGCUUCUUGUAUUCAUAGCUGCCAUUUUUUCUUUCUCUUUGUUCCACAUGCGCUUAUUUUCUUUCAUUUUUUUCCUUUCUUGCAGUAAGUAGGUACUCGUGCUGUGUUGUGAUUGUUUGCCAGUCGUAAUAAUUCUGAAAGCCCCCACCAACUCACCAACCACCCACCCAAACUACCCUUUUUAUGAUUGUUAUAUGUAUUUUUCCUUUUUUGUAAUUACUAAGAAAGAAAAAAAAAAUAAAGUGCAGAAAACCAUACAGAUGUUUCCUUUUUUUUUCUCAUGAAGCCUUUAACGGUUAUUGUAAAAAUGAAUAUCAUGGAUUUGGCUGCGUCUGGUCAAUGACUGCUUUUUCAAUGUGAAUUAACCAGAUUGCAAUAAUCUAGUAGACAAAAAAGAGAGAAGAAAUAAAGAAAAUGCAGAGAACA